UGCGGGUGGUAAUGGACAAGAGUACGUGGUUUUCGAUAGGUCCACUGAGGGGUUUUCUAAAGGCACUUUGGAUAGAUCUACUGCAGCAAAAUUGAAAUUAGAACACUUUUAUAAAGUUACUUUGGAUCAGGCAAGAGAACGAAACGACCGACGUAAUGAACUUGAAAAAAAGCUUGAAAAAGAGGACUGUUCGGAAGAACGAAAGAACAGACAACUUCAGUCACUUGGACGUAAAGAAUCGAAUUUUUUAAGACUUAAAAGAACAAGGCUGGGGUUAGAAGAUUUUGAUACAGUCAAAGUGAUCGGUAAAGGCGCGUUUGGUGAGGUUAGACUCGUUCAAAAAACUGAUACUGGGAAAAUAUAUGCUAUGAAGACGUUAAGAAAAGCAGAUAUGUUUAAAAAAGAUCAGUUGGCCCAUGUCAGAGCCGAACGUGAUGUUCUUGCCGAAUCGGAUUCUCCAUGGGUGGUUCAAUUAUAUUAUUCUUUCCAAGAUGCAUCAUAUCUUUAUCUUAUUAUGGAAUUUCUACCCGGGGGUGACUUGAUGACCAUGUUAAUUAAAUACGACACUUUUUCGGAGGAUGUAACAAGAUUUUAUAUUGCUGAAUGUGUCCUGGCCAUUGAGGCAAUCCAUAAAUUAAAUUUCAUUCAUCGAGAUAUUAAGCCUGAUAAUAUUUUGAUUGAUAAAGAUGGUCACAUUAAAUUAUCUGACUUUGGUCUUUCUACGGGUUUUCACCGAACACACGACUCUCAAUACUAUCAACGACUUUUGGAUGGAAAUCUCAAUAGUGCUGGUCAUAGACAAUUAGGCAGUGAAGCUAAUAUUAACUUAACAUUGUCAAGUAAAGACAGAAUCGCUACAUGGAAAAAAAAUCGAAGAGCAUUGGCUUAUUCUACUGUAGGUACUCCUGACUAUAUUGCACCCGAAAUUUUCCUACAGCAGGGCUAUGGUCAAGAAUGUGAUUGGUGGUCACUCGGUGCUAUUAUGUUUGAAUGUCUGGUUGGUUAUCCUCCGUUCUGUAGUGAAAGCGCCCAUGAAACUUACCGAAAAAUUAUUAACUGGCGAGAUCAAUUAUAUUUUCCUGAUGAU